AUGGCGGCUGUCAGGUCCUAUAGCAUUGUUAAGGGGUGGACUGUCAGCAGCCCACAACAGCACCAGCCACCUCCACAUACAUCGCUAAACCGCUCCAGACGGCAGCAGCAACAGCCCCCUGGACCAACCUCAAGGAAGGCGGUAGCGCAAGCACGGGCAGUGCAAGCGCAUCCUUGCUUCUUUCUGGAGGCGCUGCCUAGUUUCUACUUCCAGCUGCUGCUGAGCGCAGCGCAAAGGGGUGGCGUGUUGCCGAUGUGGUCGCGGAUGACGUGGAAGAGCAGCGAGCGCGGGGCCGAGGCCUUGUCCUUGGGGAACAGCUGCAGGUUGACCCCGAACACCGUUUUGAGCAGGCCCAUGUUUGCGCCCUGGUAUAGGCCGACCUGGUGCUCUCAAAUGUUGACAAUGAGGACCUCGCUGGUAGCCAGGGCGAAGAGGACGCUCUUGCGCUCAAAGUCCUGCCAUGGCCAAAACAAAGGGGUGCCGGAUCUCGCUUUCGGUCUGGCUACGAGCUUUGGGCUUUCCACCUCGGCAAUAGUUCGCAUCGGAGACUGCCACGACUUGUCCCGUCCGUCCUCUGGAGGCGCUGUGGCGAAGCGGUUUCGGGAGUUGGCCGCCUCUUCCAAGCGUGGACGAGUAUGCAUUACGGACGGAGCUCGUGCACACAUUCAACAUUCCUCACGUCGAGGACAGUGGUCCGGAUGGUACUUCCUGCCCAAGUUUCGCUUUUCUGCUCUCCAUUUUGGACUCGAGCGACGGGGCUGGCCGGCAAGCAGCCAAUGA